GUUCCACAAUGGUACAGCCAGCAUCUUGCAGCACAAUGGUUGCAAGACGGUGAAGGGGAGUGUGAUUCAGCAAGGAAAUCUCUGAUUCCCCCCCCUUUUAAUUUAUUUAUUUUUUUGUUGUUGUUGUUGUUGUUCGGAGGCUAUCCUUUCUUUCCUUACAAAAAUAAAUCCUUGGCAGAGAUAACUGCGUCCCUUUGCUUGCACCUCGCCCGGCGGAAUGUAUUGAAAAGGACUGUGUCAACUGGACCAGGAUCGUCGUCAGCUGGCACGGAAUGUUCGUUUGAUGUCUCAGAAUCCAGUGCAAUAAGGAAUGUAUUUUUGAGUCGCCAUUUCUUGUAUUACUGCAGUGAACCGAUCCUGGAUGUGAAGAUUGCCUUUUGUCAGGGGUUUGGUAAACAAGUGGAUGUUUCAUACAUCGCCAAGCAUUACAACAUGAGCAAAAGCAAAGUGGACAACCAGUUCUACAGUGUGGAAGUUGGGGAUUCUACCUUCACAGUUCUCAAACGUUACCAGAAUCUAAAGCCCAUUGGCUCUGGGGCUCAGGGAAUAGUUUGUGCCGGCUAUGAUGCUGUCCUUGAUAGAAAUGUGGCCAUCAAGAAACUCAGCAGACCAUUUCAGAACCAAACCCAUGCCAAGCGAGCUUACAGGGAGCUGGUGCUGAUGAAAUGUGUCAACCAUAAAAAUAUAAUCAGCUUACUAAAUGUUUUUACGCCACAAAAAUCAUUAGAAGAAUUCCAGGAUGUUUACCUGGUAAUGGAGUUGAUGGAUGCCAACCUCUGUCAAGUGAUUCAGAUGGAGCUGGACCAUGAGAGAAUGUCUUACCUGCUCUAUCAGAUGCUGUGUGGUAUCAAACAUCUGCACUCUGCUGGAAUCAUUCACAGGGACCUGAAACCUAGCAAUAUUGUGGUGAAGUCUGAUUGUACACUCAAGAUCCUUGACUUUGGGCUGGCAAGGACUGCGGGCACAAGCUUCAUGAUGACUCCCUACGUUGUGACCCGUUAUUACAGGGCUCCGGAAGUCAUUCUGGGAAUGGGAUACAAGGAGAAUGUGGAUAUGUGGUCAGUGGGGUGCAUCUUUGGUGAAAUGAUUAGAGGUACUGUGUUGUUCCCAGGCACUGAUCACAUUGAUCAGUGGAACAAAGUCAUAGAGCAGCUGGGCACUCCAUCCCCGGAGUUUAUGAAGAAACUGCAGCCGACCGUACGCAACUACGUAGAAAACAGACCCAAGUAUGCAGGGCUUACCUUUCCCAAGCUCUUUCCAGACUGUCUCUUCCCUGCUGACUCUGAACACAACAAACUCAAAGCCAGCCAGGCUAGAGACCUCUUGUCAAAGAUGCUUAUUAUUGAUCCUGCUAAGCGGAUAUCAGUAGAUGAAGCCUUACAGCACCCAUACAUUAACGUCUGGUAUGAUCCUGCGGAAGUGGAGGCGAACCGAGAUCUCGUCCAAAUAUCCAUGCCCCCUCCACAAAUCUAUGAUAAGCAGCUUGAUGAAAGAGAACAUACUAUUGAUGAAUGGAAAGAGCUAAUCUACAAAGAAGUAAUGAACUUCGAGGAGAAAACUAAAAAUGGUGUUGUGAAGGGACAGCCAUCUCCUUCAGGUGCAGCCGUGAACAGUAGUGAGAGCCUCCCUCCAUCCUCCUCAGUCAACGACAUCUCCUCCAUGUCCACUGACCAGACUCUGGCCUCUGACACAGAUAGCAGCCUGGAAACCUCUGCAGGACCCCUCGGUUGUUGCAGGUGACUAGCCGCCUGCCUGCGUAACCCGAUGUUCUUCAGAAGGUGAAAUGCUACAGAACACGAAAAAAAAAUAACAGAUCAGCCUGCGUCUUCAUUAUAAAAUAAAAAAAAAUAAGAGAGUGGGAAAAAAAUAACAAUUUCAUGCAGAAAUGUAUAUUUAUUAACGUCUAGUUGCUUUGCUUAUAACCUCCUUCAUAUGGCAUUGAAAAAGUAAAAAUAGCAAAAAAAAAAGCUUAGACGGGCAUCUGUAAAGUGUAAAUUACUGGCUGAAUACCAACAACCCUGCAAGCUUCUGUACUGAUAUGGCAAGGUGGGCCCCUUCUUUUGUGAUUAUUACAAACCUCUAUAGCCCCAAUGUCAGUUACUAUUUAUUACAUUACUAAAACUAGAUGUUUUGCCAGCUCCAAUAACGAAUUAACCCUUCUGAAAUGAACAUACUCAUGCACUGUAUGAGACUACACUGGGGAAGGCUUGUACAGCAUCCCUUUGUACAUAUGUAAUUCUGUACAGCUGAUAUGUAGAACAAGUGGGACUAUUGGCCAGUAUUGGAUUAGCUGCAGACCUUGCCAUAUCAUAUCUUUGACCUUAGUUGCCCUUGCCUGUAGUCCUGCAUGAUUAAAAUUUUAAUAAUAUGAUAAAUACGUAUGAAGAUUUUGUUUAUAAACCAUGUAAGUGAAAUUUGGCCAGGUCAAGAACACGAGAGUUUUGGCAACAGUUGUACCUGAGUUGCAGGGGCGAAGGUGAAUUACUGUCAUAUAAAGAGCUCAAAAAUUUA